UGCUCACAGCAGGAGCUGGGUGGGUUUUAUGUCCUUGCCAACCCAAACCAUCCUGUGAUUCUAUGGCUUGAUUGUCUUGAAGGUAUUUUCCAGCUUUGGCUCUAUAUCACCCAUUUCCUUCCGAAGCAUCCUGACCCACGCAGAUUCCUUGUUGGCUGAGUACUCAUAACACAACUAUUGGGCUGAUGUGGACGUAACUGGGCACACAAACGUGUCAAGGCAAAUAAAAUACUCAGUGUAGUGUUCUGUUCUGCAGUCCCAGCAUGGCCUGGUGUGUUACAGCAGCACAUCAGGAGCAGAAUACCUAGCUCUCUUCAGGCAGAUGAGGAUUUUCUGUGAUUUCAUGAUUCUAUGAUUUGUAUUCUCAUUUAAUACUGGGAGCUGGAAACCCAAUUUGCAGAACAUCUGAGCAGUUGGGGGACCUCCACUUUCUGAUGGUGCUGAGAGGAUGCAGAACUGCUGCUACGAGCCAUUCUAGGAUCUCCAUUUCUCAUCUCUGGUGGAUCCUUUCCAAAACAGCAACCUGUGGUGCAGUCGAUGGGCUUUUGCACAGCUCUCAGAAGAGUGGAAUUCAGGAAUUUGUUGUUACUUUCACGCCGUACACAACCACCUUUCUUUAUAAAUGCAGUGCAUUUGUUAAAGACUUCCCCAGGGCUGAGUUCUCUGGACCCCUCUGCUUUGUUUCCCAGGCACUGCUGCCUGUCUGGAAGCAGAUGUGCAUGUGUCAAUGCCUGAUGCCCACACAGCAUCCUGCAAGCCAAUACAUGGAGCUGUUACAGGCUGACUUACAGAGUUAACACCGAGGCCGGGCUGGUGGGAAAAUCAGCCGUACCCUGCAGGAAAUCUUCUCAUUCAAAUCCUUCCAUGAGACUGUGACCAAAAGCAAAAGAGCUGGGAAAAAGCUCGAGUUUCCAAUUACUUUUGAAGAAAGGGAGAGAAAAAUUGGAACGGGAUCGUUCCUCCUCUGGGCCACGGUUGGUAUUGUGGCUGCAAUGAUCCCGCCUGGCCACCGUUCACCCCCUCCUGGCAGCUCCGUCCCUGAACAAACGAUACUUGGUUGCUUUUAAUUGGGAGCAGCCAAAAUAAGUGAAUCCCCCGGAGAUGGGGGUGAGGAGGGAUGGCAGCGAGGCGCCCUGCUGAUGAAUGUGGCUUUCAGCUGCUCCGACACCCCCGCGGGAGGGAAAGAAUAGGGGCUCUGUGAACGCAAAACAGCCGGUGCCGACCUUGGGGUUUCUCUCUCUCUCUCUUUUUUUUUGUUGUUGUUAUUCCCCUUCUUGCUCCCUUUUCUUUAAUUGCUCGUUGCUUUGUCCAUCACAUGAUCGCUGGAAAUUGCCAGCUUCUUCUCGCUUCUCGGUGUCACAAGUUUGGUUUAAAAUAAGCCUGCUGGAUUCCUGAUUUACUCACUGUUUGUCUGAGCACUGCAUGUGUUUUUUGUGAUUUCGGACUGUUAGCUUGAAAAUGUCUGUCCCUCCCUCUGCACUGUAAAACCUGACGUUUCCCUGCCACGAAGAAUCUCUGCUCUCAGUUCAGUGCCCAGCCUUCUCCUCAUUCUGCUCAAGGGCGAUGCUUGCUGUAUCCAAGAUGAGACCAUGGCAAAAUCCUGGUGUGCAAGCCAGAGCCAGCCUGUGCCUGGUACGGAUGCUGCUGUCCCUUUCAUAUGCUCAUCAGCAUGCAAAGCAGGCAUGCCAGGGGUAUCGUGGCGACGUUACCCCAGUGAUGACGGCCAUCCUGGAGCGCCUCAGCACGCUGUCCCUCAGCGGGCCGCAGCUCAGCCGCCUUCCCCGCCUGCUGGAGGAUGGCUUCCCCAAGAUGCCAUGCACCGUCCCAGAAGGAGAGGUGCCACAGCUCUUCCGUGAGCCGUACAUCCACGCCGGGUACCGUCCCACUGGGCAGGACUGGCGGUACUACUUCCUCAGCCUCUUCCAGAAGCACAACGAGGUGGUCAAUGUCUGGACUCAUCUCCUGGCGGCGCUGGCCGUGCUGCUGAGGUUCAAAGCAUUUGUGGAGGGUGAGCAGCUACCCCUGGAUGCUUGGUCUCUGCCUUUGCUCAUCUUUGUCCUCUCUUCUGUCACCUACCUGACCUGCAGCCUCCUGGCCCACUUGCUGCAGUCCAAGUCAGAGCUGUACCAUUACACUUUCUACUUCGUGGACUACGUCGGAGUCAGCACCUACCAGUACGGUAGUGCCCUGGCCCACUUCUACUACAGCUCCGACCAAGCGUGGUAUGACAAAUUCUGGCUUUUCUUCCUCCCGGCAGCUGCUUUCUGUGGCUGGCUGUCAUGUGCUGGAUGCUGCUAUGCCAAAUACCGGUACCGACGGCCUUACCCCAUCAUGAGGAAAAUGUGCCAGGUGAUCCCAGCCGGGCUGGCCUUCAUCUUGGAUAUCAGUCCUGUCGCUCACCGGGUUGUCGUGUGUCACCUGGGGGGCUGUGAGGAAGAUGCUGCUUGGUACCACACAUACCAGAUACUGUUUUUCCUUAUCAGUGCUUAUUUCUUCUCCUGCCCGGUUCCUGAGAAGUACUUCCCUGGCUCCUGUGAUAUCGUUGGCCAUGCCCACCAGAUCUUCCACACCUUCCUGGCUAUCUGCACCCUAUCGCAGCUGGAGGCCAUUUGUUUGGAUUACAAGAACAGGCAGGAGAUUUUCCUAAAAAGACAUGGGCCUUUCUCCAUCUAUCUCUCCUGCGUCUCUUUUUUCGGCUUGGUGGCCUGCAGUGCCAUCACAGCUUACAUCCUGCGAUGCAGGAUCAAGGCCAUCCUGGCUAAAAAGGACUCCUGAGAAUCGUGAAGGUGAUGGGCAUGACACCACCCAAAAAGAAAAAAAAUAAUAAGAAAAGGGGCAUAGCAUCUUAGAGGCAUAACUGGCUUAUUUGCCUAACACACUGUGACUAACCUGGACCUUGGACUGGGGUGGAGGGUUGAACACUUCAUGCUGGAUGCAUUUUCACAGGAGAAGCUGCCUUCUGCCAUGCAGGGGGACAUGGGGUGUUUUAAGCCACAAAAGUCACUUAACCAAGGAUACUGGAAUAAGCAGAGGUUCUUUGUUCUCUCUGGUAAACCUGUGGGAGAUACCUCGCUGAAUGUGAAGGACAGUAGCCAAAGGGCUGUGCGACUGUAGAAGGGUUUUCUAGGGUACACAGCACAGUGGAGAACCCACCAUGAGGCCUCUGAGUGGACACGUUGACAUCUUUGGGGUUUGCCAUUUCUGCUGGCUGAGGAGAGACUUGCUAACAUCAAAGGCAGUUGUAAGAUUUCUUUUCUAGGGUUCAUUUGCAAGGGUGUGUGUUACAGUGGUUGGACUAAUCCUUUUCCAGCUCCAGCUCAGAUAAACAAGAUUUUAUCUAUGACCCCCUGAAGUAUCUCAAUAGCAGGUUGCUGAGGUGACAUCAGCAAAGUAUGCUUGCAGACCGAGACUUGACCUAGAGUUCUCUAGAAUCAACUGGAACUGAACCUGACCCCCAUGUCUGCCAGGCACUCUUGUGGUCCAGCCACCCCCUGGUUGGGGAUGUUAGGCAAAACUAAGCAGGCUGUCCCAGCUCUUCAGAGGCUCCUGCUUUCCAUUUUAAGUGCUUACUUGCCUUUGAGGACUUGGCCCUGGAACAGGUUGGAGCUGAUUUUUGUAGCUUUUCUCAGUAGCAGUAGUAGAGGUUGAGCACCCCUGCAACCAUCAGCAUUCAAGAUGCUGGCAUUGGGAGGGAAAAUACAUUUGUUGAGAGAAGUGCCUCUUUUUCUGCCUGUGUGACAUGUUCGUACAUUCCUGAAAAGACUGAUCCCAUAUCAUCUGCCAUGUGAGUCUGACCUGCUUCCAAUUCUGACCACGCAGUGCAGAACUAACUUGGGUGUGAUCUGUCUCGUAUGGGAAAGCCACUGGGCCCUGGGCCUCCUUGGGCUCCUGGAAUGGUCAUGGCCAAAAGAGGAGGAAAGUGAAGCGGGUGUGAAGUCUUUAUUCCCUUCUUAAUGGUUCUUUUCAGGAUGCCAAGCAAUCCUUGGUGGACCUUGUGGGAAAGAUGGCCAUGAAUCUGCAAGGUUGCUCUUCUCCGACUUAUGGGGCUUUGAAUCAGGCAUGUUUUUAUCGGCAUUAGAUGAAGGUAGGAUGGCAAAAGGCAGGAGCAGGUUGACAGAAUUAAGGUCUUUUGUAACCUUGGAAUGGGUUUGUCCUUGGAACUUGGAGGUUCUUGUGUGGAGUAGCUAGUAUAGUGGUCAGGGACACUUGGUGUCUGUGGGUCACCCCUGUCCAAAGAGUAGGAAGGGUUGUUUUACGGUGUCCUCAACUAAAUGAAUCUCUUCUGUAGUUGCUGGAGGGAUAUUUGAGGUAUGGAGCCAUAUUGUGGCACUGAAGUUAGUAGCACUUACAGGACUGGAUGCUCUGAGCCCAUACAGAUAGAUUCCAGACUACAUACCUUCUGUUGAACGUACCGCUCACUUUUCACAGUUAACUCGGAGUCCUUCCAGCUGUAUUCUUACAGAAGACCUGAAGCCUCAAAUGCCAUGACAUCUCUACCACGAUACAUAAAUCUUCACUGAAAGCAAGAAAGGUGUGGGAUCCAUUCCAGCCAGAGAUCUGUGUCGCUGAAUCCAAGGGCAGGCAAAUGAAUGGUGGUUGCUGGUAUUGAGCAGGAAGACUUUAGGGUUGGGGAUAUGAUUUGUCAAGGCAAGCACUGAUUUCUGCAUUUGAUCUGGUUUUUAACUAGUGAGAUGUAUUUGUGCAUGUGCAUGCAUGCCUGAUUUAAUAGCCAGAAAGGUUUUGCCUUCAGCUUUUUUAUCUACAGAGCCUCCUAGCCGGGUCAAGAUUAGCUUGAAGGAAGUAAUGCUGUGCUGCUGGAUGAGCAUGGGGGCCAAACAACAACAUCUCUGCAUCUCUGAAAACUCACCUAUUAAUAGGUACCUUGCUGCAACAAAAAAAAAAGGUUUUGUGCACAAAUCUGAAACUCUGGCCUAAUUGAUAAAUUAAGUGCAAAGGAUGAGGAGAGCAAUUUUUGAUUACAAGAGAAGAAAUCACAGGAGAAAUUUGGAGAAGUCAUCUAGUUCCACCCUUUCCCAUCACUGAGGGCUUCCUUGUUCACAUCUAGCCCAGCUUAGGAGCACUGAGAAAUUGUUAAUGACUUCAUUUCCUACGCUGCUUACUGACUUACACCUCCUCACACUGCACCUUUUGCACAGAGGUUUAUCUGACUGGAGCAAGAAAAUGGCUGGGAGAUGGACCAGCAGAAAACCAACCCAACUGAAAAAAUGUCAGUAAUUUUCUCCUGGUUUUAACAUCCAACCAGCUUACUUGGCCAGCAGUGCUGCCUGCAUAUGUGGGUCUCCUCUCAGUUUGGAAGAAGACUUCCAGUGGGAGUGGUGCUUGCUUCUCACAGCCAAAUUUGCUUUGCUUUUGUGGCAGAUAACAGAGAAUAAGCCAGUUACAGGCUGGUCCACAGUUUUGUUCUGAACUAAAACGGAGGGAGUGGGCAUUGCUGCUAACAACAGACUGUGCUGUUAUCACUUAGUCAUACUGGUAUCAAAAGACAGGGGUCACCCAGACGUUUGCUUCUCUAUGACUGUGAAAAUAUGUGACGUCCUGCCCUUGGCUAAAGAAGGAUGAUUACAGUAAUGCUGUCCAGUUCACAGCAGAGCAGGAGGUGCUUCAUGAAUUUUCCGAAGUAUUUCUGGUCAAAUGUCAUCUCUGUGCUACAGCAGAAGUGAAACUUCUCCUUCUGAAUCAACUGUGGUGUGACAGUGGUGGUGUUUCUGCAUAUCUCCAUGGUACCCCUCAAGUGAAGCCUCUCAUGUGCCCGCAUGGCCCUGCACUCAGACCUGGAGCUGACUUCCUCAUUACUAUGAUGGGUCAAUUUUGCAGGCAACUGCCACCCAGAUUGCUGCUGCUGUGAGGGUGCACCCUUGGUGUCUGAAGGGACUUGUCUACACUGGAGCUUCCCCUGUCUCUGUCUCCAUCCUCCUCAUCUUCCUCCAACAAAGAGUUUUGUUCCUUCACCCCAGGACUUGUGCCUUAUGCACCUGGCUGCCUACCUGAGCAAACUCAACAUGCUGAGCAGCACUCUGCUCCACCUCAAGAGGGGAAGGACUGGGAAGUGGCUGCCAGUGCCCUCCUGAGAACUGUGCUGUUGAUCUAGAGGAGACCAGAGCUGCUGAGACAGUAAAAGUGCAACUGUGCUAAAGCGAGAGCCUGCCAGGGUCUUCUCCUUUGGGCUUGCUGCUUGGAGCACAGCUUCGUCCAUCCUGGUGCUCCUCUGAGGAGGCACGGCUGGGCUGGGUGUCCUGGUGGCAGGGAGUUGAGCACUUUUUGGAUCCUGAAGGCCCUCACCCUCAAGAAUCUCUGGUCUUACGAUAGUACUGUAGCAGAUCUCACAACUUGGAUCUGCACAGGUCAGCUGAGAAGUCAUCCCAAUGUGCCUUAUGCUGUUACCUCCUGGGAUUUAUACCGAAGGAACCAGGGGCAGCCUCUUUGUUAUCUGCUGGUCUGUGGUUGUUUUUAACAGGGGACAGGAUUUCCCUGGUGUAUGGAGCAGAAGGGGGAGGAUGGAGAGAGGUACCUUAAACUUGCCUUAAACUUGGGUUUUUGCCUAGUGAUUUAUGUAGCAGGGCAAGGACGGGUUCCUCAUGUGCCUUGCAAUUUACAUUUUUUACUGACAUGAUUAUUUUUAAGCACUGUUUGUUACUAAACAGAAGAACAAAAGAGUUUGUAUUUUUUUUUUUUUCCCCUGGGAAGUAGAGAAGGGUAUGGGUGUUAGAUAUUAACCAUCCCCUUCCCACCUUCCAUCUGCUGACUUUGUAUUGUUGAAAACAUUGGUAAUGUUUUAA